AUGGGGCAGCUAGCCAUCGCAUUGACUGGUAGAACGCCAGGUAACUUGCCAAGUAAUACAGAAAUCAAUCCCAAAGAGCAAGCUAAAGCUAUUACAACUCGAAGUGUAGUGCAAUUACCGAAAAUCCACGUUAAGAGACCAGGUGUGACUGUAGAGACAUCCUUCCCUGCUGAAAAUGAGACUGAUGUGAAGGAAUCAACUCCAAAGGAAAAUUUAGAAAAAUCACAGGAUAAGGCCAAGGUCACAGUCAACCCAUACGAGCCUCCGAUUCCCUUUCCACAGCGCUUGAAAAAGCAAAAAGUGGAGCAACAAUACAAAAAAUUCCUAAAAGUCUUCAAAAAUUUCCAUAUUAACAUCCUACUAGCUGAUGCACUGUUUCAGAUGCCUAGCUACGCGAAGUUUCUCAAAGAUAUUAUAUCAAAUAAAGGCAAGUUGGAGGACCAUGAGACAGUUAUGCUUACGGAGGAAUGUAGUACCAGAAUCCAGAAUAAGUUCCCACCAAAACUGAAAGAUCCAUGA